AUGUCUGAAGAGUUUGAGCGAAGUCUGAGCGCUAUUUGCGAGACAUGUUUCCGGGCCUUACAGGAGGCCGAGUUCAAUGUGUGUCAAUUCGAGGCCCAGGAGUUGGCAUUUCAGGCGCAGCCCAUCGAAGGCCAGCUCAGCAAAUACACGAACGUGGUUAAGGGCUGGCAGUACCGGUGGUUUGUGCUCAACCCCACCCGAGGCACUCUCGAGUAUCACAUGUUAGAGGAGCGCAAGAAGUCACACCCGCGCGGGUGCGUGUAUUUGGCCGGUUGUGUGGUCUCGCCGUCGGAGGAGGACUCGCAGACGUUUGUGGUGUCGGCCGCGUGCGGCGAAGUGUACAAACUGAAAGCCGCCGACGCCAAACAGCGCCAGUAUUGGGUCAAUAAGUUGAGACAAGUGGCGCUCAAUCAGGAGAACCGUAUCGCCGCACAACACCCGCCCCUAAGCGCCGGCAUCACUGCCGGCGCCGUUACCACAGCCACGAGCGCGCAAAUGACCGCCAGUGGCGGCACUUCACCCGCUGUUAGCACUACUGGAGUGGCGCCGACUUUUAUGCGCGGCGGCGGCGGUGGCCGUCAGUUGAAUACCGCGUGUACGGCGUCGCUGGAAGCGGUGCGCGACCUACUGGUGCAGACGCAGAGGAAUCAGAGGGCGCUGGUGGACACCAUCGAGACGCACACCUGUUCCGACGCGGAACUGUUGCUAAUGAAGGCCACCAGCGCUUCCACACUCAUGUCGUUGGAACAGUGUUUCGCCAUUUUGCUCUCCAUCCAGAGCGCGAAGGUUUAGUCCCUAUCCGUCACAUUCACGCCCACCGAUGAGGUGUGGAGGUGUUGGGGCUGACCAUCGCUUUCACUACCGGUUGCCCCCAACAC